AUGUCGACGUCGUGCAACAGGAUAGUAAUGGACAAGAAUACAAUGCUACUUAAAGCUUUAACUUCGUGUGAUAUAAAACUUGCAAAAAUUCUAAUUGAAGGUGGAGUAGAUCUCAACAUUAAAAACCCAGCUGGACAGACACCACUUAUGAUUGCCUGCCUGAUGAACGUGGAUGUUAACAAAAAGGUUCAAGUUAUAAGAUGUCUUCUGGAAAACGAAGUCAAUAUUUAUGAGACCGAUAAUUCUGGUGGAGUAGAUCUCAACAUUACAAAUCCAAGUGGACAGACACCACUUAUGAUUGCCUGUCUGAUGAAUGUUGAUGUUUACAAAAAGAUGCAAGUUAUAAACUGUCUGCUAGAAAAUGGAGUUGAUAUCAACGAGACAGAUCGUUCGGGUGGAGUAGAUCUCAACAUUAGAAACCCAGCUGGACAGACACCACUUAUGAUUGCCUGCCUGAUGAAUGUGGAUGUAAAUAAAAAGAUCCGAAUUAUAAAAUGUCUGCUGGAAAACAAUGUCAAUGUGUAUGAGACUGAUGGUUCGGGUAGGAAUGCUAUGGUGUACGCUGUUCAUUCCAAGUCUAAAGAAGUGAUUAAUUUUUUAGACAAAUAUGUUGGUUCCUAG